AUGAACACUACAAUUUUGUUUGUUUUGAAAUUGGUUCUACUUUUCUCUUGUACUUUGAUUACUCAAGGAGCAAAGAGAAAAGCAGUGGUUUAUUUUGACAAAUUUAAAAUUGAAAACCACAACAAAGAGCUACUGAAGAUAGACUAUCAAAUUAAUAGCACUUCUGACAAUGUAUCAACCAUCUAUGCAAACUUCGAGAUUGCUGAAGAUUUGGAAUAUUUCAAUGGCACCUUUAAUUUGAGUAUUCGAAAUGGUGGCAAAUAUGUUAGCUUUGGUAAUCAGGACAUUGACUGCAAUGGAAUGGGUAUGAUUUACAACCAUUAUUUAAUCCAGAUGAUAGCCGUUAGUUUACGAUCCUAUUCCAAUAUUCCUCUAAGCUGUCCUUACAAAAAGAACAAACUAUAUUAUAUAAACGGCUUUAAAAUCGUAACGGAUAUAGUACCAAGUUAUUUUCCCGAAGUAUCAUUUACCACAGAUGCGAAAAUUUACUUCAAUCAGCGUCUUAGUCUUCGCAUAAGAACGGAAGGUCACUUGGGCCGAAAGUAA